AUGGCGUUAACCAACAACAAACUCCCUUGCUUUAGCCUUGAAAUUUCCUUCUUCGUAUUUGCCGACGGGAAACUUCUCUCCGAUCAAACACGAUGCAGCACUUACUCUUCGCGCGCUCUCCUUCAAACGCCGAUUAGGAAGCUUCUGAUCAUGAGUCUCGAUCGCGCGAAGCGCGGACGUGGACCGGUGGUGGUUCAGACUGUUUCCGUGACGGUUUGCGUGGUUCUGGUGGCGAGUGUGUACAGUAUGAUGAAGAUCCAGAAGCGGUGGAUCGAGGAAGGUGCAAUGAACCUGACGGAUGAGGUUAUCGUGGCUAAACAUCUCCUUGAAUCGACUCUCAUGGGUAAGCUAAACGAUUUUCUGAGAGAAUUUGAGAUCCGGUUUAAGGAGAGGUUGAGAAAUCUUGUGAAUUUCUUGAAAUCACUGAAGUUCCAAGCUUUAGUGAAGAAGCUGAGAGUUAUUUGGAAGGGAUUAUUAAUGGAUGUAUUGUCGAUCAACCCUGAUGAGCUCGAACGUUAA